ACUUCUUAACAUUCAAAAUGUCUUUUAUUGAUUUUCAAUUCAGAGUACCCAUGUCUAUGUUUUGUUUUUAUAGUAUCAUUCUCUGUUUAGAGCAUUAGUGAUACAUCAUUUCUUAAACCAAUGUCCAUUAUUAUCUCCAGGGUCUUCUUCCAAGAUGCUGAUGUCCAUACUUCAAAUUUAAUACACAUGUAAUGACAAAUAUGUCAUGCUACUACCCAACCAGAGUGAUUGUAAGAUGUCUGUCAGGUGCAGAUAAGUGCGAAAAAGUUUGUGUCUUAAAAUCAUUGAAAUAGCAUAAUUGAAUUUGAAGACUAUUUGAAGAAAAAUAAUUGCCUUAUAAAUUUUUGCCAAGAAUUAAGAAUUGUUUAAGUUAUUGUUAUUGAUAUUAAUAUUUAUAUAUAAUUUGACAAUAUUAACUUAAUAUACAUUGUAUCAUUUAAGUCUCACAACAGUCCAGUGUGAUAGGUAUGUCAGAUGAGGAAGGCAAAACUUCAGAGAGCCUAAGUAGGAGUCACUAGUUAUUGAUGAACCAUUUAGGACUCUUAUUUCUCUAGUUCCAAAAGCCAUAUUCUUUGUUAUUUGCAAAAUACACUAUACUAAUAGGAUUUACUCAAAUGAAAUUUAAGAAAUGGAAAUUUUCAGCUCUUUGGAUUUGUCAUUCUGUGUAGAGUAAACAUGGCAGAUUUUUUUUUAAAGUCUUAUAAAAGUGAAUAGCUAUGUAUGAUCCUUAUAUAUUACUUUAGGAUACUUGAAAUUUUCUAAUAAAGCUGAUUUCUGUUACUAUUUAUAGAAAUAAAAAUAACUUUGUGUUUAUCUCAUGUGUUCCACUUAUUCAUUAACCAUGAGGCUCAAUAAUUAAUCCAAUACAAGAUCUAAAUUACAUACAUGAUUUUCCUGACAAUGAAGUUAAUUAAAAGUGUUUGUGGUUAGAGUUUUAAAAAUUGAUAUUCUCAGGACCUAUGCCACUAUGUAGAAAUAUAGUUUUUAUUCUUUCGGAAGUAUCUCUUUUAGUCACCUAUGUACUGUUUUAUUUACUAUUUUAAAACACAGAGAAUGAUUUUAUACCAUUGAAAAAAUGAUGGUUUAUUUUCAUUUUCUAUGUUUUGCGCAAGAAGAAGGCUGGAACGUCAAAAUAAUUUCUGAAUUGCUCUUUUGUUAUCUUUUAAUUUCUUAAAAAUAAUUAUACAAGAAGUUGUAAAGCUAGAGUUUCCAUGUAUCCUUAACCCAGUUUCCCCAAAUGGGCACAUAUAUAAGUAUAGUAAAAGAUCAAAACCAGGAAUUUGACAUUGGUACAAUGUGUGUGUGUGUAGUUUCUUCUCAUUUUCUUACAUGUGUAGAUUCCUGUAAUCUAUCUAAAUUAUGUGUAUCAAUACUUCAUCCCUUUUUAAUGUUCUAAGGACAUAUGGAAUUGGCUAUGGAUAAUUCAUAUGCUUUCAAUCAACGAAGCACCUGUAAUGGAAUUCCAUCUGAGAAGAAAAACAACUUCCUUGUAUCAGAAGAUCAUGGACAAAAAAUCUUAAGUGUACUACAGAAUUUUAGAGAACAAAAUGUCUUUUAUGAUUUCAAAAUAAUUAUGAAAGAUGAAAUAAUCCCAUGUCAUCGUUGUGUGUUAGCAGCAUGCAGUGACUUUUUCAGGGCUAUGUUUGAAGUAAACAUGAAAGAAAGAGAUGAUGGAAGUGUUACCAUUACUAAUUUGUCCUCCAAAGCAGUAAAAGCAUUUCUCGAUUAUGCCUAUACAGGAAAAACAAAAAUAACAGAUGAUAAUGUGGAAAUGUUCUUCCAGUUGUCAUCAUUUCUUCAAGUUUCCUUCCUAUCCAAAGCUUGCAGUGACUUUUUAAUAAAAAGUAUUAAUCUUGUCAAUUGUUUACAGUUAUUAUCUAUAUCAGAUAGCUAUGGCUCCACCAGUUUGUUUGAUCAUGCAUUACACUUUGUACAACAUCACUUUUCUUUACUAUUUAAAUCCAGUGAUUUCUUAGAGAUGAAUUUUGGAGUACUACAAAAAUGUCUGGAAUCAGAUGAAUUAAAUGUUCCUGAAGAAGAAAUGGUACUGAAAAUUGUCCUUAGUUGGACUAAACAUAACUUAGAAUCAAGGCAAAACUAUCUGCCUCAUUUGAUUAAAAAAGUAAGAUUACAUCAGUUAUCUGAGGAGACACUUCAAGACUGUCUGUUCAAUGAAGAGAAUUUACUCAAAAGCACAAACUGUUUUGACAUAAUCAUGGAUGCAAUUAAGUGUGUGCAAGGUUCUGGUGGACUCUUCCCUGAUGCUCGACCAUCUACAACUGAAAAAUAUAUAUUCAUUCACAAAACUGAGGAAAAUGGAGAAAAUCAAUAUACAUUUUGCUACAAUAUUAAAACUGAUUCAUGGAAAAUACUGCCGCAAUCACACCUGAUUGAUUUGCCAGGAUCUAGUCUUUCUAGUUACGGAGAGAAAAUAUUCUUGACAGGUGGUUGCAAAGGGAAAUGCUGUAGAACGGUUCGACUACAUAUUGGCGAGUCAUAUCAUGAUGCCACUGAUCAAACCUGGUGCUACUGUCCAGUUAAAAAUGAUUUCUUCUUGGUAUCAACUAUGAAAACACCAAGAACCAUGCAUACAUCAGUUAUGGCUCUUGAUAGAUUAUAUGUUAUAGGUGGAAAAACUAGAGGAUCCCGGGACAUUAAAAGUCUCUUAGAUGUUGAAUCUUACAAUCCUCUUUCCAAAGAAUGGAUAUCUGUUAGCCCAUUACCCAGAGGCAUAUACUAUCCAGAAGCAAGUGCAUGCCAAAAUGUAAUUUAUGUUCUUGGAUCAGAAGUAGAGAUUACAGAUGCUUUUAACCCAUCGCUUGAUUGCUUUUUUAAAUACAAUGCUACAACUGAUCAGUGGUCUGAACUAGUAGCAGAGUUUGGGCAAUUUUUUCAUGCAACAUUAAUUAAAGCUGUCCCAGUAAACUGUACACUGUAUAUAUGUGACCUUUCCACCUAUAAAGUUUAUAGUUUUUGUCCAGACACUUGUGUUUGGAAAGGUGAAGGAUCUUUUGAGUGUGCAGGCUUUAAUGCAGGUGCAAUUGGAAUUGAAGAUAAAAUUUAUAUAUUAGGUGGUGAUUAUGCACCAGAUGAAAUCACAGAUGAAGUGCAGGUCUACCAUAGCAACAGGUCUGAGUGGGAAGAAGUUUCACCAAUGCCGAGAGCCUUAACAGAAUUUUACUGCCAGGUGAUUCAGUUUAAUAAAUACAGAGACCCAUGGUUUCCCAAUCUAUGUGCUUGAACAUUCUAAAACAAUUCCAGUUCUAGUAACCUAAAGUAAAUUCGUUAACCAAAAUGAUAGGUAAAAAGGUCUAUACAUCUUAAUGAAAUAAAAUGUUCCUGCUUUCAGUUACUAUGUAUGCACACUAUAUAUGAAUAAACUGUUUCUAAAAACUUAAAGUACAAAAUACAUUUUACCAAAAAUUAUAUUGAAUAUAACCUUGCAGAAUCCAAAAUACUUAGCAUUUUCUCAUGAAACUACAAAUCAUGGACUUUGACACUUUGAUUUUUAAAGUACUCUGUCCAUAAAAGAUUUGUACUAUUUAAAUGGGAGAAAUCUCUUGAGAGAGUAAAAAUGAAUUACUUACACUGUAUCUUAUGUGAAGUAAAAAAUAAGAGGUGAAAAACUUGUUACUGUAGGUAUAAGAGUUGUUGAAUUCCUAUCAUUUGUGAUGAUUGGUUAACUUGUUUUAGGUACCUUUUUUACCCUUUUUAAGUUCAGAAAUAUAUUUUCCCAGCUUUAUAAACUGUAUACUAAACAUAGUCCAACUUUUUUUAAUGACUCAUUUUUUCAUUAAAAGCAUAAUGUACCAUCUUAUAAUGCCAUUACCAGUUACUUAAAUGCUUUUUAAAAUGCUGAUUCUAUUAGUUUUCAGGAUCAGUUGGUUUCAGUUUCUGGCAGUCUCUCUCAUAUUCUGGUUCAAUCUUAGUAAAUUAACAUUCUGGAUUUGAUUAGUAGUUCUAAGUUACACCUGGCCUGAGUUUACGUUAACAUGUAAUCCUCAAGGGGAAAAUUUUUGGAUUCUGGGAUGGUAGUACUAAAAUACUUUUUAUGUAUCAUUGCUAGAUUCCAGCUUAAAUGAGGAUAUGGAAAAUUGACCUCUAAUUAAGUGGUUCAUUAUAAUUGCAUUUCUUAAACUUUGUCCAAAUUGACCUACGUAAAACAUUUCAGGAUUUAAAUUAGUACCAAAUCAAUUUUCUGUGUUGAUGUAUAUCAACUAUAAAGCAUCAUGUUGGUUUGCUACUGAAGUAAAUUAUUUUUAGUGAAUUACUUUCUAAAUUAAAAAAAAAAAAAAAAAAAAGGGCUAGGCUUUUGGUAUUGAUAGUAGGAUUCACAACCUGCAUCCGUGUAGAUGUUUGAUCUUUACCUGAAACAAUGAAAAAGUAUUGUCAUUGUUUUCAGGUAGGUGAUUCUGCCUUCUAAGAGUGUAUGUUUCUUUAAUCAGUUUAAAAGAUAAAGGCAUUUUAGGUUUUAAGACCCCUGCUUUACAUCUCAGGUAAUGUGUAUAUUGUAUUUCUCUUGAACCAAAUGUAGUUUUCUACACUCAGUUGUAAAUGUUAAUCUUUGCCAAAUGUGCAUAUUCUUUAAAACUCUGUCUCUAAGUAGAAAUAUACCUAAAUGAAGAUUUUGUUAUUUUACCAUAUAAAUUUAUGCAACCAUAAGUUCCAAAUGUAUUUUUCAAAAUGGAAUGAAAUAUUAAAGUACAUUUUCAUGCAGUUUAAAAAUCAAGGACUGUUUCUGAUUAGAAGACAGGCGCAUAAAGAGUUUUCUGUAAAAUUGGUGGCCUUCUUAUCUAAGCACAUGAAUAGUUGGCUCUGCACUUUGUGUAUUUAAAAAAAUGGAAAAUUCAGUGGAGCUUUUGUUUAUGUGUGUGGCUUUGAAAACAAAUUAUUUGAGAAAGACCAUAACACAGUGAGUAACCUAUAUGUGGAUUUACUGAACUGUUAAUUUAAGCAUAUAUAUUAAUAGAGUAUGUUUAAAAUAAAUAUUGUUUUAAUCACUGACUUUAGGAAUUGUUCAUCUAUUUCAGAAAGGAGACACCCAAAAUCGAAUCCCUUUUUGAUAUUGUUUCAUCAUUGCAUCAUCUUCUUGAUUUCCACUACUGCUCUGAUUGGCCUUUGCUUUAUGCUAAUAUUUCCAGAAACAUUCUUGUUAUCAAGGCCUAGGUGGCUCUCUCUGCAUUUGAUAUAAUACAUUUUUCUAAUGCAAAAGGUUUUCUGCCUUCUUUUUUUUUUAAUAAUUGCUGUGGGUUACUUUUUAAUCAUUUUCACUGAUUGCCAUCCCUUCCUUCACAUCUGUACCUUUGUUCUAUCCACCAAUUAUCACUGCAAGAAAAAGACUCUGUCUAUCAAAAAACCUCCAACUCUUUAUUUUCUUUUUUCCUGGUCACCAUAGCAAUCGGUGCUAGACUCCUCUCCACUAACUCAUCUCCUUUUGGAUUUUGCCUUUCCUUAUAAAGGUCGCACUUUCAUUUGGUCUAUAUGCCUUAUAGGAAAAUGGUUUGUGUCUUCUAAGUCCUCAAGGAACUCAACCACACAGGAACAAUGACUGAACUCUGGUUAUAUCUUCUGGUCUUGUUAAUGACUGUGGCUUCACUGUCUAAGAACCGUAUAUAUUAUUCUGGCCUCACACUUCUUUCUGGAUUUCUGACAUGCAAAUCUCAUUGAUCCCUCAAGUCUAUUCUCAGUACCUCCAGAAGGAGCUAUUUUUUCUGUCUGUAAGGUUAGGUAAGAGAAAAUACCAUCCUUUAAUGGGCUCUUCCUUUAGUCUUUUUAAGUCUAUUUUCCUUUCAUUAUAUCCUUCAGCCAAUGCUACAAUGUAAGAGACAAAAUAAUUAUGCUCAUUAUUCAGAUUGCUAUCAUUCCUGUGGAAAAAUUCUAUUUAACAUUUCUAAAGCCAUUAUCGUUUGUCUUGCUCCACUACAUUUGCAUUAUGCAUGCAAAAAUAUUUUAAUAUUGUAAUGUCUUCUAAAAUUGAAAGUAGAUAUAUGGCAUUAUUAAAUACAAAAAAGAGUAUAUUUAACACAUGAGAUCAAUUCAAAGUUAAUGGACAUUCCUAAAAUGUGGAGUGCCUUUUGUUCAUCUACACCCUUUGCGACUAAGUAGUGUGGGGAAUAUUUGCAUAAUCAAACAAAGUUAACUACAUUCCCAUAAUUGGCCCUGGUUUGGGGAGUGAAGGAGGUCGUUAUUACAGCAAUAUUCAUUAUGUGCUACCCUUGAAAGCUAGAUUAGUAUUCAGUAGUGACCGCAUGCUGGAAUAUGAUUCCAUAUUUCUCAGAAACCAAGAGGAGCAAUUGAGUAUAUGUUCAGUGUGCUUAUUAGCUCAAGGUAUAUCAUUUGAAAAUCAGAAUUAAGCACAGAGGGAUACAUCUGUUUACAUUUUGAGAUUUGAAUGCAAUAAAUAUUAUAAUAUAAUGAUUAAGUAGUUGAAUAAUUUUACUUUACAAUCAUCAUGCUCAGUUUAAUUGGAUCUAGUGUUGUGGAAACUCUUAUUGAGAAUUGAAAGUAUAAAUCUCAAAAAUGUUAUCUGAGGGGGCAGCUCUAAACGGCAAUCUAAACACAAAGGCUGAAAAUUAUAGGGAUCAUAUUUCUGUCCACUUUAUAAAGUCAUACUUUAGAAUGAGACCACUUACCAAAAACUGUGGCAUAGGGAAGAUCAUUAGAUCAAUAAUUUCCUAUAUGAAUUAGCAUGACCAAAGAUUUCUACAUUCUACUUAUAAAUCUCACUCACCAUCAUUCUGAUAUAUGUUUUCUCCUCCAACAUAUUUAACAUUUUAGGCAUUGUGAAUAAGUUGAUUUCAGUGGUUCUUGAUACCCAAAUUUUUUCCAUAGGAGCUGAGGCUUAAAACUACACUAUUUUUGGAACUAUCUUAUUCAAGAGAAUUUUUUUUCUAAUUAGAAAAAGUUUGUAAAUGGUACUGACAUUUAUAGUGAGCUGCUAGUUGGGAGUUUUCCUUUGAUUUGCCAUAGAUGCAUGUUCAUUUCAUAAUGAGUAAAAACUGAAAGAUCAGUACCUACAAUUUUCUUCUGAAUUAUUAUUUUUCUGCAUAGUAUUUAUAUGGCAAAUAUUGUGAUUUUAGUUAAAUAUAUAAUUUGAAAGAAUAUGUCUUAAACAUCUAGAUGUGUUUAUAAAAUAUACUUGAUGACUGAUGCUUGAUCAAAUUUAAUAUCAAAAGGGGGAAUUCAAUCACAGGAAAAUACUAUUAUACGUUUACCAAAAGAAAGCUCUUCUAAAUCAUAGACUCAUUCAAAUUUGAAAAUAACCUUGGAAGCUAAUGCAGCUUGCCAACCUGAUAUAGAAAUUUCCUUUAAAUUCUAAAACAUCCUGACAUGCAAUUUUUUUUUCAGUUCCUAAAUUGAUGUUUUCAGUGGUUAAGAAUCACUAUCUCCAUGAUUGAAGUUUUAAUAGAAAAUUCUUGCUAACACUGAAAACAACUCUGCCUUCCUGUAAUAACUUCCAGCCCUUGGUCUUAGGUUGCUCUCUUCACAUGCCAGUCAUUUAAGCGUUUGAACCAGUACCAUGUCUUCCAUUCCUCCAAAAUCAAGGCCUCAUUUUUAUUUUUGUUCUAAUGCUUGGCACUUUAACAUCUCCCACAAUAGCUGGUGUUAUGUAUCUUCUUGCCCAGUUAUCUACCUAGCUCUAUUGCUUUUAUGGUGGAUGGAGCCUGACCAGUAUCACAGAAUCUGUUUCAUGUAUGGACCUUGCCUCCCUGUCUAUUCUCAGUGUGCUGGAUAAUUCAGACAUAUCAUCUCCUCAUUUAGCUCUUUAAGUCUUACAUAUCCCAUUUGGACUACAGCCUUGCUGUGUCUCCCUUCUCCAACUCAUGCCCAUCAACAUAAUCGCAACCAUAUUUUCUGGGAGAGGAAUUAUGAAGCCAAAUUUUAGUAAGUCAAACAAUUUGUCUUUCGAUAUGGUUUGAAGACUUUU